AUGAGGCGCGGGGACGGGCGCGCAGCGGGCACGUCCCCCCAGCAGGUGCAGAACGCGCACAAGGGGCGCAGCCUGCCGAGCGUGCGGAGUGUGUCGGCGGGGCUGCUGCCGUCGUUCCGCGCCAUCUCCAGCUACCUCCGCCAUGUCUCCUCCUCCGCCGACUCCCUCGUCGCCUCCGCUGUCCGCUCCGCCUCCGCGUCGGUCGCGGCGGCCAUGGCGCCCGGCGACGACAGCCAGAACAAGGAGCAGGUCACAUGGGCGGGUUUCGGGUGGUUGGAGCAGGGGUCCUCCCGCGGCGCGUCCGUGCCCGUGUCCGGCACGCGCCACGUGCUCCUCGUGGCGUACACCACGGGCUUCCACGUGUGGGACGUGAGCCACCCACACGCCGUGCAAGAGCUCGUCUCGCGACGCGACGGCCCGGCGGACUCGUUGCAUCCCAUCCCUUACGUCUCUAGAACCCCCCCGGAUAGUCCGCUCCGCGACGCGCAUCCCGUGCUCUGCGUCGUGUGCCCCGCUGCCGUCGCGCCUCCGCCGUUCUCGGCCGCAGCCUUGGGAUCUCCGAGCUUGUCCGCCCAAUUUCCGUACCUGGACGACGAUGAACCGUACGCUGACGUGGCGGACGGGACAGACGAGCCGUACGCGUGCGGAGAUGAAACGGGUGGCGAGCAGAGCGCGCUGCGGUUCUACUCGAUGCGGAGCGGUUCGUAUGUGCACUCGAUUACAGUGGCGGGGCGGGUGAUGGGCGUGAGGAGCAACCGCAGCGUGCUGGCAGUGGCUGUCACGGAACAGGUGUAUAUAUACGAUUUGCCAUCACUGCGCACGGCAUUCAGUGUGCUCACGCACCCGCACCCCCUGCCCUCCGCCCUCCCCGGCAUCGCCCGCACGUCCCCCCACGGCGCCCUCGCCCUGGGCGCGCGCUGGCUCGCCUACCCCUCCAACCAGCCCCUCGCCCCCCCCGCCUCCGCCCCCCUCCCCUCCUCCGCCUCCUCCUCCGCGGCUGCUGCUGCUGCAGCGGGGGCGGGGGCGGCGCUGGUGGCGCAUUAUGCCAAGGAGUCAGGGAAGCAGCUGGCAGGGGGGAUAGCCGUCCUGGGGGACCUGGGGGUGCGGGCGGUCGGCAAGUAUUGGACAGACAUGGUGGCGGAGUCCGCCGGUGGCUCAGGUGUUUCCAGCGCGUCAGGUGCUUCAGGUGUUGCGGCAGGGUUGGGAUCCCCCUGGAGCAGCAGGAGCCCGGAGCUCAUGUUUGCCCCUGACUCACCACACGCAUUCGUCUCUGGAGCGUCAGUAGUAUCGGGAGCAUCGGUAUCGGGGUGGUCAAUGGAUGGGUAUGCGGACGCGAGUCCCAGGGCAGCAGCACUGCAGCACUCUCCUUCACCACCGCACCUCCCACCUGCCGACCCCGUCCAUGCCGGCAACGUGAUGGUGCGGGACGUGGCCACGCGGGCAGUGAUAGCGCAUUUCAAGGCGCAUGGCAGCGCCAUCGCACUCCUUGCGUUUGACAGCUCGGGCACGCUGCUGCUCUCCGCCUCACACGCCGGCCACUCCCUCAACGUCUUCCGCCUCACCCCUGCCCCCUCGCCCCUCCACUCCCCUGCCGCCAACGCACCCCUCCUCGACUCACACGCCCAGUCGCCACCAGACGGCUGCUCCUAUGUGCAUUUGUACAGGCUUCACCGCGGCCUCACUAACGCUGUGAUACAGAGCGCUACCGUUUCACAUGAUGGCAGGUGGGUGGCGGUGUCAUCAGUGCGCGGCACCACACACCUCUUCGCCAUCUCCCCUUUCGGAGGCCCCGUAGGCCCUGCCACACACCUCCCCUCCGCGCCCUCGCCCACGCUCCUCCACCCUGUAUAUACCCACAACCCCUCCCUCCUCCCCCCACCCCCCCCGCGCCCCUGGUGGUCCGCGCACGCCCCCCUGCGCGCGUCCCCCGCGCCCCCGCGCGCCCCCCUACGCAUCCCUGCGCCAGUGGCGCUGGCAUCAGUGGGGCGCAUUCGGAAUGCCAACAGUGGGUGGCGGGGGAACGUUACAGGCGUGGCGGCAGCAGCUGCUGGGUUGGGGGGAGAGAUUCCAGGCGCCGUUGCUGCUGCUUUCAACUUUGGGGGGGUGGCAGGUGCUGGGGGUUUUGGGAUGAUGGGAGGGAGUGGGGUUGUUCGGCACCAGCAGCACCAGCAGCAGCGGCAGCAGCAGGUAGCUUCCGGGCAGUUUUUCGGGCAGCCGGACUGGGCUCCGCAGCCAAUAGCGGAGCAGCUGUGGGUGUUUUCCCCCUUGGGGCACCUGAUACGCUACCACCUCACUCCCUUCGCCGCUGCUGCUGACCCCUCCUCCUCGUCCUCCUCCCCCUCUCACACCCACAGCAUCCCCAUGCCUGCUCCCCAUGCAUACACGCACCACCAGCAGUACACCAGCCACACAUAUGACCCCAGAGGCAUGUACAUGCCAUCCCACGUCACUGUCAGAGAAGCAGGCAUGCACCCCAGCAUAGGUGAAAUGGGUUCCUCCCCCGGGUUUCCCCCAUAUUCCCCCUUCCCCCCCGCGCCCCCCAUGGCCCAGUCCGACUCGUCAGUGCAGGGAGGGCGCUCCUUUGAGCGCCUGCCCUCUCUCCCCACUCUCGCGCUGCGCUCUGCUGCCGCUGCUGCGGGGGUGAGGGGCAUGGGGGGAAUGGGGGGCGCGGGCGCAGGGGGGGAGGUGGUGGUGAGGGUGGCGGCAGAGGCGAGUGAGGUGUGGGACGUGUGCCGCCGCGUGAGCUGGAGCGACCGUGACGACCCCAUUCCCGUUGACAGCUCGUGGGUUGACGGCCACGGUGCCAGCACUGAUGCUUCUGCUGCUGGCGGUGCUGGUUCUGCUGCUGGCGGUGCUGGUUCUGCUGCUGGAGCUGGAGCUGCUGCGGAUGUUGCGUCCUCAGCGUCAGGGGAGGCAGGGCAGGGAGCUGGGGAGGGUGCGAGGCAGAGGGCGGCAGAGGAGGAGCAGCAGAGGGCGUAUCUGAUGCACGCGGAGGUGCAGCUGUCCACCAGCGGAGCCACGCCCCUGUGGGCUCGCUCCUAUGUGCAGCUACAGCCAGAGGACCCACCAGUUGAGCUCCAGUUGCUGCAGAAGCAGCAUGAGCAGCAGCAGCAGCAGCAGGUGGUGCAUGGGGGACAGCAGGGAUGGGGAGGCGGCCAGCAGCAGCAGCAGCAGCAGCACGCGUAUCACACGCAUGAAGGCAUCGGCCCACAGACACAGCCGCACAUGGGAGUGCACGUGGGAGUGCACAUGGGAGUGGAGAAAGGCGGUGCUGCCGUGCAUGUUCCCAGACGCACCUCCGCCCUGGGUGGCCUGCUCCGCCACUCUGCCACCACCGCUACUGCUGCUGGUGUUGCUGCUCCGCGGCUCUCACAUUCACUCUCACCCUCUCCUGCAACCACAGCCACAGCUGCUCCUCUCGCAGCAGGAGGGAUAGCAGUGUGUGAAGCAGGAGUGCAAGGGAACGAGGGAUUGCAGGGAGUAGAGGCCAUGCACGGGAGGCAAGUAGGGCUACCUGGAGAUUUCCCAGGUACUGCUACUGCUCCUGGCCCCCUGGGCAGUAUUAGCGGCAGCAGCAGCAAUGGGGUGGGCGCAGGGAGCAGGGCGAGGGGGCAGGUAGCACAGGAGGCGCGGACGGGUCUGGGCGUGGCGCUGGAGCAGCCCAUGGGGGGCUGCAGAGGGCGUCAGCAAUUGGGGGAGGUGAGGGGCGGUGGGGGAAGGCAGGAAGGGGUUGCUGGGGAGUGGAUGGCGGUGGAGCAGGGGGGAACAGUAGCAGCAGCAGGAGGGGAAGUAGGGAUGGGGGUUGUGAUUGGUGUGGGUGGAGGGAUGUUGGGUGCUGUGGAUGAGGAGGGGGGCAUGGCAAAUGACGCUGAUUGGAGGGCAGACAGCUGGGGGGCUGAAGGGGGGCCCGGCAGUCAAGCAACUGGAUUAUCGGUGCCUGGACCCAGGGCGAUAGAGGAAGCAAGGGAGGAGGAGCGCGAAGAGGAGCACAUGGGGUUUGACAUGAGUGGGAGGCGGGUCGGCGAGAGAGGCGAGACGGAGGGAGUUUUUGCAUUCGACGACCCGUGGCUGGCUGCCCAAACGCACACUCUAGCCCCUGCCUCUUUGUCUCGCAGCAACACCUCUGGCUCCUCCCCAGAUGCUCCCUCACCACCCCGCCCCACCCACCCACACCGCCCCACCUCCUCCCACUUCCUCGCCUCCUCUACCCUCCAUUUAUCAUCAUCACCAGCAUCACCAGCAUCCCCAUCAGCAGCAGCUGCACCAGCAGCACCAUCACCAGGAGAAGCACCAGCAGCACCAGCACCACCAGUAGCAGCACCAGCAAGAGGUGCCUUAUCCCCCUCCUCCCAGCCCCUGGGGGCCCAUUCCCAACCCCUGCCCUCCCGCCCAUCUGCCCUCUCCCCCACUAUGAGCCUCCUCUCAAACCCCCAGCACCACUCACCGCCCCCCUGUACCCCCGAGGUCCACCCUCAGCCGUGUGCCCACCCAUCCCCCCAUGCACCAUUGUCUCCCCCUCCUCCUCGUCCGCCCCCACCUGCUCCCCCCACUCAUGCUCCUGGGGACUCCUUUCCCAGCAGCAUCUGUGGCUGCCUCGUACGUGGCAGCGAGGGGGAGAUGGAAGGCGAAGGAGGGGCUGACGAGGGCGAGCAGAAUUGGGAGGAGCAGGAGGAGAGGGUGCAGGAGCAACGAGCAGGGGAGGAGCAGGUGGGGAAGGAACGAGUGGUGGUAGAAGAGGUGGGGGGGUUAGGGCAGCAGAAGCAGCAGGGGCAGGAGGGGCAGAAAAAGCAGCUGGAGCAGCAGGAGCAGGAGUGUGGCAGGGAGCAUGGGCAAAAGGAGGUAGAGCAACAGCAGGCCGUGGCGGAUGGGGGCCUAAGGGAGGUAGAAGAGGUGUCAGAAACAGUGCCAGCGUCAGAAGCAGCCUUAGAAGCGGUGUCAGAAGUGGUGUCAGUGUCAGAAGAGGUGUCAGAAGAGGUGUCAGAAGAGGUGUCAGAAGUAGUGGUGGUGGAGGGGGUGUUGAGCGUAGAAGUGGAGAGAGAUGAGGAUACGGGAAUUGCAGUGUGUAGCUCCGGCGUGAAAGGGUCUGCAGAAGGCACUGCGAGCAGUGGUGGUGAGGCGUGCGCAGCAGGUGCAGGGGUGAGCGUGGAGAAGGAUGGAGCAGAAAUGGGAGGGAGUGAGCACGGAGGGCAGGUAGGAAACAACCACAGGGGUCCUCGUGUGGUGGCUAUUACAAGUGGUGGCAUCAAGGCAGCUAGUGCUGCUAGCAGCAACAGCUUCAGUGGCAGCGAUGCUGGUGGUGGUGGUGCUGGCAGUGGCAAGGUAGCAGUGACAGCAGCAGCUGAGGUGCCAACAGUGCGAGCAAGGAAGGGGAAGAAGAAGAAGAAAGGUCUCGUGGUAUCAGUUGCUGCCGCACCACCACCACCACCACCACCAGCAGCGCCACAACAAGCAGUACAGGCGGCCAUCAAGUCGGUUCCCAGCUCCGAGUCUUUGAAUGGCUGGGAGCUCUGA